GGACUGAGAGAGUGGUUGUCGGAGGAACUGGUGACUGAUUUGGGGGAAACUCCAGGCAGAGCUCGCCAGAAUCCAGGGGGAAACAGGAAGAGUAGGGGAUGGAGGGCGGACGGUUCCCUCGGAGCGGCGGGGAGACAGCGCGGGUCUGCGGGCGGAGCGGCACGUGCGAGUGCGGGCUGUGUAAAGACGCGACGUCGCCGGCUUUGCUUUUCUAGGCCACUGCCCACUCUCCAUAAGGCAGACAUGACUAAUUUCCGGAUCGAGUAGGAGGAUGCGAUGACGGAGAUCGGUGUCAUUUGAGGAUGUAGCUGUGGACCUCACCCAGGAGGAGUGGAAUCAUCUGGAAUCUUCUCAGAGGAUACUUUACAGAGCUGUGAUGCUAGAGAGCUAUAGCCAUUUGGUCUCUGUGGGGUGUCCUGUUACCAAACCAGAUGUGAUCACCUGUUUGGAGAAGAGAGGACUUCAGAUCAUAGAGAAAUUCCAAGUUUGAGUUAUACAGGGCCUGAACAGCCUCAACCCCAAAUCAGGACAACCUCCCCCUUCCAUUCCACAUGGAGCUAAGUUUCCUGUUUUCUGAGUCCCUGAAACCUUCGGCCUCCAUUCUCGGGGAGGUAUAGGACUUCUGAGUGCUCCUGACCUGGACAAAAUCUCCAUGUAGUCGCACAGUGACCUGCGCUAAGGGUUCAUACGCACUCCUCAGGCCCCUCCUUAGGCGCCCCCCGCCUCUCCCCGUGCCCCUCUCCCAUUGCCCGCGCCCCAGGGUAGGGGCCUGAUGUGAAUGCUUCAGCCGAAGUGAAUCUGCACCCGAAGGCUUCCUUCUGGCUCCUGGGCAAGCCGGCCCCAGUGAGGAUUAACUUUGGCAUUCAUAAAGUCGACGCUGAGAUGAAGCUCAGCCUUCGCACGUCUCUGCCUUUUCCCAAGAAGAACAGGAAAUGGCCAAACCCCAGGUCAAGAUUAGAAGAGGACGAGGACCUCCGAAUUCCCACUCAUGCCCUUUCCCAACCAGUACCACCCAAACCAGUACCACCCACAAAGGGACUCGUGACAUUUGAGGAUGUGGCUGUGGAUUUCACCCCGGAGGAGUGGCAGUACUUGAACCCUCCACAGAAGACUCUGUACCGAGAAGUGAUGCUGGAGACGUACAGCAACCUGGUCUCUGUGGCAGGACCGCAGGGGACCAAACCAGACCUCAUCCUCAAGUUGGAGGUCAAAGAGCCAUGCCUGGGAGAAACAAAAAUCUCCUUCUGGAGCUUUCCAGAAGCAGUCUGUCAAAUUGGUGAACAGAUUGAGAGACAGCACCAGGAUGACCAAGAUAGGUAUCUGUUGAUGCAAGUUGGAUUCCCUGACAAGAAAACAAUUAUCACCAAGACUGGCCAUGACUAUAAUGAAUUUGGAAACGCAUUUCAUCUGAAUACAAACCUUGUUGCUUCAAUCCAAAGGUCCCAUAAAUAUGAGCCAUUUGGAAAUAAUAUGGUAGAUAGUUUAGACUUAUUUACCAGAAGCUCUGUAGGAAAGAAAUAUGAUAGUGGAUGUGCAAAGUUAUUUUUCCAUACGGAGUAUGAGAAAACAACUCCUGGAGUAAAGCCCCAUGGAUAUAAAGAGUGUGGGAAGGCCCACAGGCGGAAGAAAGGGCUCAGUCUACAAGAGAGAAUUAAAAAUGGAGAGAAACCCUUCGAAUGCACCGCGUGUAGGAAAACCUUCAGCAAGAAGUCACACCUCAUUGUACAUUGGAGAACUCAUACCGGAGAGAAACCCUUCGGAUGUACUGAAUGUGGAAAAGCCUUUAGCCAAAAAUCUCAGCUCAUUAUACACUUGAGAAGUCAUACAGGAGAGCGACCUUUUGAGUGCCCAGAAUGUGGAAAAGCCUUCAGAGAAAAGUCAACCGUCAUCAUACAUUACAGGACUCACACAGGAGAGAAACCUUAUGAGUGUAAUGAAUGUGGAAAAGCCUUCACUCAGAAGUCAAACCUUAUUGUCCAUCAGAAAACGCACACGGGCGAGAAAACUUAUGAAUGCACUAAAUGUGGGGAAUCUUUCAUACAGAAGCUUGAUCUAAUUAUACAUCACAGUACUCAUACAGGAAAGAAACCCCAUGAAUGUAAUGAGUGUAAGAAAACUUUCAGUGAUAAAUCAACUCUUGUUAUACAUCAAAGAACUCAUACAGGGGAGAAACCUCAUAAAUGUGCUGAAUGUGGGAAGUCUUUCAAUGAGAAGUCAACCCUCAUUGUGCAUCAGCGAACUCAUACAGGAGAGAAACCCUAUGAAUGUGAUGUGUGCGGGAAAACCUUCACCCAAAAAUCCAACCUUGGUGUACAUCAGCGAACUCAUUCAGGAGAGAAGCCUUUUGAAUGUAAUGAAUGUGAGAAAGCAUUCUCUCAGAAAUCCUAUCUCAUGCUCCACCAGAGGGGUCACACAGGAGAGAAGCCCUAUGAAUGCAGUGAAUGUGAAAAGGCAUUUUCCCAGAAAUCAUACCUCAUUAUACAUCAAAGAACCCAUACAGAAGAAAAACCCUAUAAGUGUAAUGAAUGUGGCAAAGCCUUCAGAGAAAAGUCCAAGCUCAUUAUACAUCAGAGAAUUCACACAGGAGAGAAACCCUAUGAAUGUCCCGUAUGUUGGAAAGCUUUCAGCCAAAAGUCCCAGCUCAUAAUACAUCAGCGAACACACACAGGAGAGAAACCCUACGCGUGUUCUGAGUGUGGCAAAGCCUUCAGAGAAAAAUCCACAUUCACUGUACACCAGAGAACUCAUACGGGAGAGAAACCCUAUAAGUGUGCAGAAUGUGGGAAGGCUUUUACCCAAAAAUCAAACCUGAUUGUACAUCAGAGAACACACACAGGAAAGAAAGCCCACGCGAAGGGCCAUAGCCGGAAGUCAAAGCUCAUCACACAUUAACGAGUAGAUCCAAGGUGCCUGUUAAGGUUCACCGAGGGAAAGUUUUGUCUCAUUAACGUUUUAAAGGUACGUUCUGAUUUCUGGUUUAAAUAUGGGGAGUAAAAGGCUCUUUUCAUCUCAGUCUUCACCCAGACACUACAAGGAGCAAAAGAGGAAGUGUAAUCUCUGUAUCUGCCACAAGGAGGAGAUAGCGGAAACCCUGCCAAGAGUGCAGCUGGAGGCAGAGGGGACCACGCGCCAGUGCAGGAGAUCUCAAAGCAAACACUCAAGGCUGCACACGUGGGGCUGCACUGGUGAGGACUCACCAGUUGAGGUUCAGGAUAUCCCCCAAGUGCAAGGCCAACUACAUCCACCACGGUAACAGAGGGCAUUGAUAGGUGGGAGUUAGGAUGUCUCCUAGACCCAUUUGGGGUCUGAGGAGAGGCUGGCAGAGGCCUUGACAAGAAAUCACUCAGACAAGCCAUAUUUGUAGAAAGUAGUCUGCAGUCAUGAGAGGAGCCCUUGACAGGGGCUGGGGCAGGAGAAGGGGGUGUUCCUUGUGAAGAGCCCUACAGCCGCCCCGGUUUACGGACUCUGGAGAAGUCAAACCGAAAAGAAAUACCAAAUGGGAGGGGGGGAACAAUUUUAAGAAAAACUCUUACCUGCCUAGAAUGUGGCCCCUGUUUCUUACCCUACAUGAACCUCUGGGGAACAGCAAACCAGGCAAAACUCUUACUCAAAUAAUGAUUCCAAAGUAAUGAAAACCACAAAGGCAAUGGCUUUUGGGCCUACAGUUCCACUUCUAGGAAUGUAUAUACUCAUGUACGUACGAAAUGAUGACCACAAAGAGAUCUUCACAGGCGCACUGUGAAAACAAAAGGUUGGAAGCUGUCUAGAUGACAGGGGUCUAGAUCCCGAAAUCAUGGUAUGUUCAUACAGCAAACCUCCUAGGUAGACAAAAUGAAAAAAAAAAUUGUGU